CCUCAUUUUAACGCCGGUAAAGGCGGAUUUUCGGAAACCACUACGUAACGAGAAUCAACGUCAUAUUGUUUUAGACACUUCGAUGAACAAUAACGGAGGUGUAUAAAGGCAAAACAGUGUAUUAAUAGUGACUUGUUUGCAUACGAGUGAUAAUUGUGUAUGAGUUUGAAACAGUUCAUGAGAAUUCUAAUUAACAUUAAAUGGAUAACUAUGAACUGCUAAUAUUGGGAAUGACUGAGAUAAGUGGCACUGGCGGCGGGUGGCGGGUGACGGCACUGGCUCGACAGCGGAGCGUGGUGCCGAGAUGAGCGGUGUGCUGAAUGGGCCUCCGCCGCUAUCCGCUGCUGAGGCGCUCUCCUCGUUGCUGUGGCAGCCGUACGAGUGUCGGUCGCCGCCCUUCGCUCGCUCCCGCACUGAUGGCGCUCUCGCGACCGCGACCGACUUCAGAGUCGGCGAUGGCGGGGGGGACGCCGGGGACGCGCUCCAGUCGCCGAACGGCGGUCGACAUGCGCGCGCGUCGUUCAGCGCGAUUACAUCCCGCCACGAGAUGCGGCUGCCUGUGCCGGCGCCCGCGCCUCUACGAAAAUCGGAUUCGGUCUCGGUGCGCGUUCCGGGCGAACCGAGCCGACUCAACGUGUCCAGUGUGAACAUAGUGCAGGUUCAGGAUGAGCCUUCGGGUUGUAAUGUGAACAGUGCUGUGCAGACCGAGAGGGCGAGGAAUGUUGUCAGCGCGGAGUGUCAAACGGAGGAGCCGGCCCGGAGACGUCGCGCGCGACGUGCUCGUGCGCCCCGGGUACCUGAGUUGGUGGAGAGCGUGCCUCCGCCACCGUAUAGCACGUUGCCGCCACCGCACCCGGUGCCGGUCCCGCUUCCAGUGCAUCCACCGCCGGCGCCCAUCAUCGCGCCGCAUCCGCCCGCUCACCGCUUUCCCUUCCAGCCAAUUCCACUCAGAUCGGGUCGAGGAGCAGCCUAUGCCUGUUCCGAAGGUGAAGGCAACGCUCCGAAGUCAUGCUGCGGCCGACCUCCUCUCAGGCUCUGCGUACUGUUCUUAGGAGUCAUUGGUGCGUGUCUAGUGGCCGCCGGUGCAGUACUCGGCGCUUUGAGACCACACCCGAGAGCACCGCUGACAUUGUUACUACUUAUGAUAGGCAUAGGAGUGGUGUUAGUAACCGCAGCGGGACUUGCAUGGAGAUUAGGGGCUCGUGACGCUCCAUGCGCUUUACUGGGCCUCAGGCGGACAUCUUGUAGACGGCUGGUACCGCGGCUACCACCCAGCUAUGCCAGACCGCACCAUCCUUACGCUGCUAUGCUGUACCCUGAGUUUCAAUACAGGCCCCCACCGCCGACGUAUCAGGCCUCGAUGCAGGAAUACAGACUCAGGUUGCUUCUGUUGGACAGAAGUGCGCCAGCGGUGUCGCCGCCUCCAACGUACAGGUCAAACUCAGCCAGUCUAGUCAGAGGAACUACGGGAGCAGCUUGGUGUGGUUCCGAGUACAGUGGUCCCCCAUCGUACAGAGCACCGCGCGCGGAUCCGCCCGUCACCGUCACAGACACCAUGCCCACCAUCACACCCCUCGAUCUAAAAUACACAGACACCAUCGAGUCCUUGCCAAAAACAGAACAAGAAAAAGAUCCUGACGAGCAUCUGGUUACGAUAGUGCACACCGAUGCCCAGCCAAUCAUAGUUACAGUAUCCGGAUCUCCAGCACUAAACGAUACCCAUCACCAACCGCCUACCGAGAUUGAUAUUUUAGCGCACUUAUAACGAAACGGGCCGAAUGAGCUCUUAACUGUCUCACAGUGAAUAGAACAGGUGGUAAGAAUGAAUCAAUCCUGGGCUUACAUCGAUCAAGCCGGCUUAGAUUGGAUUCUCUCUUGUGUCAGAAACAAGCAAUAGGCCCCGCGAGAAGGUUUGUGAUUGCAGCAACGAUUAAAGUGAUUGAUAAGGACGAAGUAUACUCGAUAUUGAAUGUAGGCAAAGAGUGAUUUAUAUUUAGUACUUUGAUGAAUGUUAAUUAUUUAUAUGAAAUAAUUAGCAGAAGUAUUUAAUAAUGCAAUUCUAGGAAGCGUCUUUAAUUCUGUUUGGAGCCAUUCUCGAUAGUUUACGGAUAAAGUAUCCAUUAGUACUUUAUUUAAAAAAAACUACUUUGAAAAUAUAUUGCAUUAGUAAUGUUUCCAAAUAGAAUUAUUAAUUUCUAAUGUGUUAUUAUUAUUAUGUUUAAUGGUUUCGAGUACCUUAUUUUUGUUAUAGCGAUAGGUUAAUUAUGUAAAUAUUUAAAGCACUGACAUAUAAAAUAUAUCAUUUGUUUAGAGUUAUAUGACAAAUUAUGUGCCGUGUAUAUAUAUAAUGAUUGAUACAAAUAAUUUUAACCGUAAAUUUUAGUUGACACGAUCUUCUUGAUUAUUCGAACCAAAUCUACCAUGAUGUACAAUUUACGUUAAAUCGGACCUAUUUUGAAUAAGUGUGGUAGGACCUCUUGGGUUCACUGGUGGUAGGACCUCUUGGGAGUCCGCGCGGGUAGGUACCACCACCCCGCCUAUUUCCGCCGUGAAACAGUAAUGC